GGAAGCGGCCUUCUGCCGCCAAGCGCAACCGGAGCCGGGGCCUCUUGGCUGCCAUGGCGACUGGUUUGUGACCGCUUCGGCCUUCAGCAGACCUGCCCCCACCUUAAGGCUCUCAAUCCUCGGCUGCACUAGUUGGCAUUGUUCGUGACUGGAUCCGUGACCUCGCCGCUCAAAAGGAUCGUCGCUAUGGCCUCACGCAGCGCUGGGACGCUCCUCACUCAAAACAACGCGGUCUACGUGCCGCCGGGGCUCAUGCCUGGGUACCGUGGCCAUGUCCCUAAUGUAGCUUUUUCCUUUGGUGACACCUAUGGAAAUACCACCAUGAAAUAUUUUCAAGACUUCCGAAAUGCUGCAAUGGAAACCAGCUAUAGUCCCUACAGCAAAGGGGGCCAAUUCCCAACUCUUUUCUCCCGUGACCCAUCUCUCGUGAUUGGGGAAAGGGAAAGAGGCUGGGAUCGAUGGCUACAUACCCCUAAUUACUCUCGUUAUAAUUUGGAUAUGAAACGCUCAGAAGAAUUGCAAGAGUUCUACAAGCUUACUCAGAUGCAUCGUGAACAUUACAGAGAUAAAACAGGGACAUUGCACCUCGUUCCAUACUUCGUGCUGCCUAUGAAGGAAAGAGACAAGUACCCUCAUCCUCUUGAUCUGAGAUUUAUGAAGAGAUUGGACAACCAUGACAUGGUAUAGGGUCUCCUGCUUGAGCAAGAGGUUGGACUAGAAGACCUCCAAGGUCCCUUGCAAUACUGUUAUUCUGUUACAGGCUUGCAGUACUCAACUUAUGGCUACAGUUGCGACCAAAAUUUCUUUUGCUAAGCAAGGUGAUUGUUAAGUGAGCCAUGCCAUCAAAAAUGCAUGCCCACUGCCAAGCACCCAGAUUAUGAUUACAUGGCUGUGGGAACGCUGCAAUAGUUGUAAGUAUGAGGACUGAUUGGAAAUCCUUUUUUUUCAGUGCCAUUGUAACUUCGAACGAAUGGUUCUAUGUCAGAGACUGUAACAAGCCUGAGUCUAAAAUAAUGUGAGGUGACAUGGAUCAUGUCAAUAAAUCCCUUCUAAAACCCUCAUGGUCAUCUAAAAUCCAUCUGAAGUUCUGAGAUUCAUUAACAAAAGCAACAAUUUCUUUGCAUUUAGGCAGUGGGUUUAUGCACAAAGGUAGCACUUUAUAUUUUUCCUGAUAUUUUUGUUCUGCCAUCCAUCAUGGAAAGAAACACAUCAAAAAGUCAGUAAGGUAUUUAAAGACAUUAUUAUCAUUCCAACAGAGUCAUCUUGGGUGUUUUUAAGUCUUUGUUCAAACGUAAUGUACAUUUCUUUUUUCUUUAUUAUCCCAUUCUUCUUAGUUCUUUAAAAAGAUAGUCUCAAAUGUAUUAAUUCAACUCUGGAAGUUUCUCUGUUUCCAGAAAAGAUUCUUUUUGCCCUCAAAUCUCACGCAAGAGUUGGAGGGAGGGGAGGGAAUUGGCUGUCCUAAUACAGUGUAUUAUCUAAUAAAAAUAAGCUAUAAAGCCCCAUAAAGAUAGUCCUCAACUUUCAACCAUUUGUUUAACGACUAUUCAAAGUUACAAUCCCACUGAAAAAAGUGACUCAACUACUGAGCUUCACACGUAU